UACUUCCUGAUAGAGAGGCCCGGUCAUUUUAACUAUUCACAACACAGCUAGGUCGUAGUUGGGUUACAACAUGUUUCUCACAAUUAUAUGUAUAUUAACUUCCAUACAAGUUACUGUACGAGGUCAAGCCAUCACACCUGUGUAUGUCCAGAGUAACGCACCCGUUACACUGACCUGUACGGCUGAUGAUCAGGCCACUACACUGACCUGGACAGGACCGGGAGGUACCCUGUAUGUCACGGGUACCACAGUGGAGGCUGGUCUAGAUGACGGUGUUAAACCCCGGAUAUCUGCCCGUCAUACGGGAGGGAGUUAUACACUGACGUUUACAGAGUUCCGGUCCAGUGAUACGGGGAUAUAUACGUGUACAGUGGACGGGACAGCGGAUAUACAGAUGGUUGUUACGCAAGGUGUGACAUCAGCAAGGCCAGUGUAUACCCGACUUGGCGGGACUAAAACAUUACAGUGUAAUUAUACUGGUGGUAGAGCAUCGUGGUCUGUCACUUCCAUUCUGUUUAUUUACACUAUUGGAGCACAAAUGAACCCCGACAUACAAGAUUCUUUGAGAACCAGACUGAACGUGACAACACAGGACGCGACAUACAACCUACAGAUCAGUGACGUACAAUUAACAGACAUCAGGGAGUACAAAUGUAGCAUAGUACUUACAGACACAUUCUAUCAUCUACUACUGUACAUUCCUCCAGCCUUUCCUGUAAUCGAGAACACUGUUAGUGUUGGUGGACAGAACAGAACAAUAGGUACAGAGGACACCAAUAUUACCUUAACGUGUAACGCACGUGGUGGUGUUCCAGUCAAUAAUGUGUCAUGGAUCAAAGAUGGCGCCACGCUUGUGACCUCAGAAAAUACAGUACAGUACACAAAAGUGUUAACCCGGACAGACGACAGGGCUAUAUAUACAUGUCAGUCUAAUAGUCCAGCCCUGACUAGUCCUCAGACCACCAGUGUGUUGGUAUACCUAGAUUUAAAACCCAGACAGCCUACAAUAUCGGACCGGUUGUCCCAGACCGAAAAUAGGAACCUACAAGUGGUGUGUGUGUCUACAGGAAGUAGACCAGCGGCCGAUAUUGAGUGGAAUGUUGGCGGAACACGGCUGUCCAACAAUCCCACAGAGGUCAAAGUAAAGGACAUUGCAUCAGAUACCUACACCGUGACGUCAACACUUUCACUACCAGUCACACGUCAGGACAAUGGGAAGUCUGUGUACUGUAUAGCCAGUAACCAGGUCUUGUCGGGAGGGAUUAAGUCAGUACGACACAGUAUAACAGUAUUAUAUCCUCCUGAUAUCCACGUGAAUUACACAAACACCACCUACACGUCGUCCCACAGGGUUCUGACGUGUGUACCAGACGGUAACCCGGACACCUACCAGUUUGGUCAGUGGCGACACACAGCAGAAGAUGGUACAGAGAUACGUCAUUUGACCGGAAGUUCCAGCCCCUUACAAUCUGUCCUGACCCUGCCUGACCCCGGUGUUACCAGACGGUAUGAGGACACGGGGUACUAUGUAUGUGAAGCCUCCAACAAUAUACCAGACUCGUCUUUCUAUAAUUCCGGCUCUGUCUUCUUAACUGUAGAAGCUCCUCCUGUGGUAGUAACUAAAAAUAUUGUGGUCAAGAUACAGAUUGGGAACAAUGCAACUAUCGAGGUAGAGUUUUACAGCCAACCAGCGGUCAGCUCCAGUGACGUCACGUGGACCAGGGGUCCAGGGAGAAUACUUCCCCCUGACAGAUCUGCCGUCUCUCUAGGUAGUAGGUCUCUACUAAUGUCGUUCUAUGGGGAAGAUGUAAAGGUCAAAGGUUACAUCGCCGCACUGACAAUCAAUACAUUGACUGAAGAGGACUUCGGUGAUUACACCGUGACAAUAGAAAACAGUCUGGGGACCACGAACCAUACAGUAGCAUUGCUCAUAGCAGGUCCACCAUUAACACCUCUUUACCUGUUACAAAAGCGCGUAACAAGCAGUAGCAUCACCGUGCAGUGGAUCCGCGGGUCAGACGAGGAACAGGUACAGACGUUUGUGAUUAGCUACAAGUCUGACGUCAUCAUGGACUACAGCGACUUGGACGCUAUUCCGGAUAGCCAGGAAUCCGUUAUGUCGUAUACGAUAGAAGGAUUGACACCGGAUACCACAUACUAUAUCCGGCUUUAUUCUCAAAACGAUAUUGGCUUAAGUGAUCAGAUUUCUGCUAACAUUUCAACGAAUUUCGGCGAUGACUGUACUGAGAAGUUACAUUCGACUACAGCUGCCCUGAUCUCCGUGUCUGUCCUUUGUGUUGUGGUGGUUGUCAUAGCGGUGACAUUGAUCGUUGUCAUAUAUAGGCGGUUACUUUCAGGAUGCUUCACUGGCGGAAACAAUGUUCCACCCCAUGAGCAAGAACUGACACAGCACUCCAUAAAGGACACCAGAAACGAGCAGGCACAAAUUGAAGAAAGCAAAUCGCACUACCAAGAACUGAAUCCAAAUGAAAUCCAGCAGCCGUCUCCCUACGAAGACAUCUCCGGUGGGAACGAAGAUGCCAUUACGGAAAAUGAAAGGAAAAACUACGAACCACUACAGGGCGUUUCAGUUACACACGAAUACGAACAACUACAGGUAGACGAAGGAUCGAGACGGUAUGCAAAUACAUGAAGGAUUUGAACUUGUUGGAAAAAUACUGUCGUAUAAAAUUGAAUCCUGGAACAGUCAAGCAUAGGCAGUGCAUCAUUUUUACAUACAACGGGCUUCAGAUGUAUCUUCAGGCAAAUGGCCAAUCAAAUACUUGGAAUGUUUUUGGCAGAAAACGUACUUUAAACGUAUGGUCUGAUAUUGUUCUAUUACAAAACUGACGUGUCUUUGGUUCAAUUGUGGUCAAAGUAAGGAUGGCGUGGCUUUACUAUAAAAUCGCACAAUCGAUUGUUGACCGUUCUCGGAACACUCGGGUGCACGAUUACCAGUGGCGUUCUUAACCGUUUUCAUCGUCGUUUGAAAAAGGUUCCGAUAGUGAGAUAAACGUACAUUUUGUAUCACAGUGUUUUUGCGUAUCAACGUGACAGUAGACGUCCACUUCUUGAACACAAACUGAUGUGCCUUACACAGAUGACAGUACAAGGAGCAACACAUAAAGAAGUGCUAUGACCAAAAACCAAAGUUUUCUGUUUGCAUUAAGUAUACUAUAAAUAUUCAUUAGUUCAUGUCAUUUGAUACCAGAGAUGUUACAUACGUUUUGGUGAUAUUCCUCUUGCCGAUAUGUAAAGUGGACUGAACGACAUGGGAUAUACAACACCAUUCAUUGUACAUGUACCCACUGUAUUUCAUAGGAGCAUAACGAUCAACAUCAUAUUGUUCAUCAGUACAUUUUCAUUUAUCUGUCAAUGUCACUAAUUUAGAUAAAAUGUUAUUUCAUAUCA